GGGGCGGGGCGGAGACGCGGUGCCCGGCGGCGGGGCGCGAUCGCCUUCAGGGAGAACCUCUGGCUGCGGCGGGCGAGUGCGGCCGUGGUUGCUGGCCAGCCCCGCGGCCCUGGCUGGGGUGCAGCGCGAGCACCUGGCGGGCGAUGGCGCCGAGCGCGAGCGGCCCCGGGUGGCGAGGGCGAGGCCCCGGGGCCCCGAGCGCGCCGCUCUCCGACGUCGACAUCGGCUCUGGCGGCGCCGGGCCCGGGCGGCUAGGGGGCUCCUUCGGCUGAUGGCGCUGGCGGCGCUGGCAUCGCAGCCCGGGGUGGCUGGUGGCGCCGAGACCGUCGGGAACGCCAGCGUGGGUCUUAUUGAAUUUUCUGUGGGGAAAUUUAGAUACUUCAAGCUCAACAGACCCUUUCCAGAGGAAGCUAUUUUGCGUAAUAUUUCCAGCAAUGUGACUUUUCUUAUUUUCCAAAUACACUCACAGUAUCAGAAUACAACCAUUUCUUUUUCUAAGACUCUCCUCCCCAGUACCUCGGGAACAGGCACUGACAAAGGACUGGUUUUCAUUCUUAGACCAGAGCAGAGUAUGUGCUUUUGGUAUUUGGAGACUUCAGAUGCUGAGCCUGUCCAAAAUAUGGCCAUUCCACUCUCCUACUCAGAAAGAGGUGGUAACCUUUCUGUCUUCGACUUCUACUACUGUCUAGAAUAUGGGACUUAUUCCUGGAUAUUUGGGGAAAACUGUAAUCGUAUUAAAAGUGUUUAUUAUCCUAUUCCUGGAGGCUGUAAUUUGGAGUUUGAUUUAGAUAUUGACCCCAACAUUUACUUGGAGUAUGAUUUCUUUGAAACAACUAUCAAAUUUGCCCCAGCAAACCUAGGCUAUGCAAGAGGCACAGAUUCUCCGCCAUGUGACACGAGGACGGGGCAGGAUUCUAGGUGGAGGUUGCAGUAUGACGUCUAUCAGUAUUUUCUGCCCGAGAAUGACCUCACUGAAGAGGGGUUGCUGAAGCAUCUGCAGAGGAUGGCCGAAGUGCCUCAGGUGACGGCCAAUGCUAUUAAGGUGGUUACUCUAACAGCUAAUGAUAAGACAAGUGUUUCCUUCUCCUCCCUCCGGGGACAAGGUGUCAUUUAUAAUGUAAUUGUUUGGGAUCCAGUUCUCAAUACAUCUGCUGCUUAUGUUCCUGCUCACACAUAUGCUUGCAGCUUUGACGCAAGGGAGGGUAAUUGUCCUUCUCUUGGAAGAGUAUCAACCAAAGUGUUUUUCACUCUUUUUGCCCUGCUUGGUCUCUUCAUUUGUUUCUUCGGACACAGAUUCUGGAAAACAGAAUUAUUCUUCAUAGGCUUUAUCUUCAUGGGAUUCUUCUUUUAUAUACUGAUUACCAGACUGACACCUAUUAAGUAUGAUGUUCGUCUGGUUCUGACAGCCAUCGCCGGAAGUCUUGGUGGGAUUUUCUUGGUAGCUGCUUGGUGGCGAUUUGGCAUCCUCACGCUCUGCAUGCUGUGUGUUGGACUAGUGCUGGGCUUCUUCGUCUCUUCAGUGACUUUCUUCACUCCGUUGGGAAACCUAACAAUAUUUAGUAAUGAUGCUGUGUUCUGGGUGACGUUCUCUUGUAUAGUUGUUCUCAUUCCAGUAAUUUUCAUGGGCUGCCAAAGAAUACUGAGCAUCCUGACUUGUGGAUUCAUUGGCUCCUAUUCGGUGGUUUUGGCCAUUGACAGUUACAUGUAUACAAGUCUUUCUUACAUCGCUUUGAACGUACUCAAGAGAGCACUCAGCCCUCAUUUCCGCAGAGCUUUCACAAAUGUGCCUUUUCAAACUAAUGACUUUAUUAUCCUGGCAGUAUGGGGCAUGCUGGCUGUCAGUGGGAUUACGUUGCAGAUUCGGAGAGAAAGGGGGCGACCGUGUUUUCCUCCCCACCCGUACAAGUUAUGGAAACGAGAGAGGGAACGCAGGGUGACCAACAUCCUGGAUCCCAGCUACCACAUCCCGCCAUUGAGAGAGAGGCUCUAUGGCCGAUUAACCCAGAUCAGAGAGCUCUUCCAGAAGGAGCAGCCAGCUGGAGAGAGAACACCCCUGCUUCUGUAGAUGCCAGAGGGCUUGGUCAGUGUGAUCCUGAAGAACACAGGCACUGCGCAGCUUUGGUGUUUGUGCCCAGCCUGCUUCAGCAAUCUCCAGUGCAAGUCUAAUAAGAAAGCAGGCUUGUGUAUCUGUGUGUGGUGUCCUUACCGAUGCAUGGAGAUUAUAAUUCUAAGUGAUGAAAAGAUGACCAAAAAAUGGGUGAAUAGGGAAGCUUUUCCGUAUUCCAAAAUACUUGAGAAAUUACCUCUUGGUUUACAUGAUCAACUUGUUCCAUUAAAUAGAUACACACACACACACACACGCACACAAAUUAAAAAAACUGAUUCUCACAUAAAGCCCUGAUGUUUUCUUUUCACAAGUCCUGGAAAAUUUCUCACACUUUAGUCCGUCUAAACCUGGGGGGCAGGGCCACAGAGGGUGGUUUGAGUGUUAAACUGAGUUUUUUGCUACUGUUUAGAGAUUUAGGGAUUUGAUACUGGGUCUUUGAACUUCUGAGUACAAAAGGAGAACUAACUUAAAAAGUCUGAUUACUUAAUUGCAUCUCUCUUAGUAUCAUAUAGUAACAAAAGGUGUCAUUCUUUUGCUUAUUUUUGUGAUAAAAAACAUUUACCAUAUCAUUUUAAAUGUAUAGUUUUUGCUUUUUUAUUGUUCAAAAUGGUAAUUUAAAUAGCUAAAUUAUUUCAAUUUGAAAAUAGAUCUAAUUUAUAUAGAUAACAGAACUUUUAUAUGGAUGAUUAAUUUAUAUUCCAAAUAAUGGCCUGGUUUGUUUUCUGGCCCUUUAAAAGAGUAUUGAUAGCUGAUCUCUAGUUUAAACCAUAUUAAGUGACAUGAAUUUUUGUUUUGUUAAUCUUUAUCUGCAUUUUGUAGUUCUUUCGGCUAAAUUAGUUAUUAGCAUUGAUGUAAAAUACAAUUUCAAAAAAUCUCUAUAUGAAGCCCUUUGUACCAUCUGUGUUUUAAAGUGAUGAGGAAGUCAAAGCACUCAGUGUUUAAUGGAGCUACUUUUGAAGUAGAGGCUUGGCAUUUGUAAGAAAAGUCCCUUCAGUUUUAACUUUUUUUUUUUUUUUCCAUCAUGAGAAUGUAACCUGGGUGCCCUGGGCUGCAUAGCUGCUCCUCAUGGCCUUUUAACUGUCAGAGCCUCUGCCACCAGCUCUGCCUGGGACUUGACAUGUCUGAGUGACAGGGUGGUUGUAUGCACAUUUGUGAGUUAACCACCAUUUGAAAUGAUGCUGCUUUAGAGUUUUUUCAAAGCACAAUAGAUUUUUGAAAUUUCGGGUAGCUGGAAAAUUUUCAACUUUUACUUUUGAAAGUGUCUUGGAAAUGAUUUAUUCUGUAAUCCACACUAUUUAUAUAACCGCAGUAACACUUAAACUUGAAGGAAAUUUUUUUUUAUAAUUCACCGUAGGGAUUCUGACUUCUGCCAUAUCUUGGUAUGUUCUAACAAAGUUAUACAAAAUGUUUGUGAGUUAUUUUCUAUACCAUCAAAACGCACUGCCAGUGAAGAUUGUAAAGACACAACACACAUUUUUUGGAGGGAGAUACAAAUUGUUAAAAUUUAUGUUAAUUUGUGAGUAAUAAAAAGCUCGUUUGUACAAUUUUUUAAUAAUAAAUUCCUAUUUUGAAAAAAA